GUGAAAUAGCUAGACUGGCAAUAGCCAAAGAGCUGCAACAGAUGUUUUAAACCAAGCGAGGAAACAUGAUCACAAUCACUGAGUUUCAGAAAAUUGGUGUGGGUUUGUCUGGAUUUGGUGUGUUCUUUGUGAUGUUUGGAGUUCUUCUGUACUUUGACUCGGUCUUGCUGGCAUUUGGGAAUAUACUGUUCCUGUCAGGCCUGGCUUUUAUCAUUGGCUUGAGGAGGACGGCCCACUUUUUCUUCCAGAAACAGAAGCUCAGAGGCACCACCUUUUUUCUAGGGGGUGUGGCUUUAGUGUUACUCAAAUGGCCUCGUAUUGGCAUGCUUGUAGAGAGCUAUGGCUUUGUGGUUCUAUUUAAAUCAUUCUUCCCAAUGGCAUUUGGGUUUUUCGGAACAGCCUUGAACAUACCCUUUUUAACUACGGUGUAUAACAAGUUAUCAGGAAGCAGUUCCUCAAUGGUAUAAAGAUAUUCUGGAGCAGUCAGUGAGGAAAUAAAAAGGUCUUUCAAGGACUGCAUGUGUCACUGCAAUCCCCUGUUAAACACUGUUAUUUUGAUCGAACUGUGCUAUUUUGUACAUUAUUUUAUUUGGUUUAUUUAAAUUUUUGUGUUUAUAUUUAAACUUUACUCAAGGAUAAAGGUUCCUGGUUAUAACACUGCAUGUCUCCUCUUUAACAUCCACAGAACCUUUUUAUUGCACAAUAGAUUCUUUAUACAGUAGAAAAAAAGACAAUUUUGCAAGACAUAAGCAACACUGUACCAGACUCACUUUCUGUUUCAAUAAUUUUUCCAAUUGUACAUGUAUUAUAAAGUUUUAAAGAUGUUUGUUUAACAUUUCAAUUCAGUUUUACAUGUUCUGUUGGUUAAAUGUUGUGCUAUCGUGUGGUGUAACACAGGAUGUGCUUCUGGACCAGGGUUUGUUUACGACAAAAAAGUAUUUUCGACUUAAAAAUCUUUUAGAAAAAGUGCAUUGAGAAACUAAACAUGAUUCUUUCAUGGCAUCACUGCAAAGAACCCUUUAUUUUAAAGAGUACUGGUUGAAUAAUCAAUAACCUCCAAUGUUUCAGUCAAUAUGUUUUACAUGUUUUAUUGUUUUUACAAUUUCAUUUAUCAAAAAUGCUUUUUUGUUCCACAUGAAACAAUAAAUAUGCUACAAAAUCA